CUGUCAUCCGCGCCUCUAGCCAUGGACCUGCGAGCAGAGCUUUUAAAAUCCAUCUGGUACGCCUUCACCGCCCUGGAUGUGGAGAAAAGUGGCAAAGUGUCCAAAUCCCAGCUGAAAGUGCUCUCUCACAACCUGUACACGGUGCUUCAUAUCCCCCAUGACCCAGUGGCGCUGGAGGAGCAUUUCCGGGAUGAUGACGACGGGCCGGUAUCGAGCCAGGGCUACAUGCCUUACCUCAACAAAUACAUCCUGGAUAAGGUGGAGGAAGGGGCUUUUGUCAAGGAGGAUUUUGAUGAGCUCUGCUGGACGUUGACGGCAAAGAAGAAUUACAAGCCCGACCGGAAUGGGAACAGUGUCGUGUCCCAUAAGGACGCCUUCAAGCUCUGGUGUCUCUUUAACUUCCUCUCUGAAGACAAGUACCCUCUUGUCAUGGUCCCAGACGAGGUGGAGUACCUGCUGAAGAAGGUCUGCACUGCCAUGAACGUGGAGCUGAACUGCUGCGAGCUGGACGACCACCUCUCGCAGGAUCCCCAGCACCAGAGUGGCAUGACGGUCUGGCAGUUCCUGGACCUGGUGAACUCGGGGAAGCUCCUGCGGGGGAUUGAGCGGGAGGCCGUCAGCAUGGCCGUUGAAGAGGUGUACCAGGAGGUCAUUGAGGACAUGCUCAAACAGGGCUACCUCUGGAAGAAGGGCCAGCUGAGGCGGAACUGGUCCGAGCGAUGGUUCACACUAAAGCCCAGCGCCCUCUCCUACUACAUGAGCGAGGAGCGGAAGGAGAAGAAAGGCAGCAUUGCCUUGGACAAACACUGCUGCGUGGAGGUCCUGCCCGACCGGGACGGGAAAAGGUGCAUGUUCUGCGUGAAAACCUCUUCCCGCACGUAUGAGAUGAGUGCCUCGGACACCAAGCAGCGGCAGGAGUGGACGCUAGCCAUUCAGACGGCGAUCCGGUUGCAAGCGGAGGGGAAGAAGUCCCUGCACAAGGACCUGAAGCAGAAGCGCCGGGAGCAGCGGGAGCAGCGGGAGAGGCGGAAGGCCGCCAAGGAGGAGGAGAUGCAGCGCCUCAAGCAGCUGCAGGAGGAGAAGGAGCGGAAGCUGCAGGAGCUGGAGCUGCUCAAGGAGGCCCAGCGGCAGGCAGAGCUGCUGCUGCAGGAGGAAGAGCAGCGGCGCCGGCUGCAGCACGAGGAGAUGCAGAGGACCUUGGAGAUCCAGCUGAAGGAGGCUGAGCAGGCUCGCGCCUCCAUGCAGGCUGAGAUGGUGCUGAAGGAGGCGGAGGCCGAGCGGCAGCGGAAGCGGAUCGUGGAGCUGGAGGAGAUGCAGGAGCGGCUCGAGGAGGCCCUGCACCAGGAGGUGAAGGCACGGCAGGACGAGGAGUCUGUGAGAUACGCCCAGGCCAGGUUGCUGGCUGAGGAGGAGGAGAAGCUGAAGGAGCUGAUGAAGCUGAAGGAGGAGCAGGAGGAAUACAUCAUCCAGACCCAGCGGGAGAAGCAGGUCCUUAAGCAGGAGAUGGAAAACAAGAGCAAAUAUUUGGAAGAGGCCCAAAAGCAGCUGGAAGAAGUGAGAGAGAACAGGCAGAGGGUAGACCAGGAUGUCAUGGCAGCCCAGAGGAAGCUCCGACAGGCCAGCACCAAUGUCAAGCACUGGAACGUCCAGAUGAAUCGACUGAUGCACCCCAUUGGGCCAGGAGAGAAGCGUAUGACACCAUGUGGAGGAUUCCCCAGCAUCCCACCCGUGCUCCUCACCAGGAGGGAGUCGUCCCUCAAGCUCAGGCAGAGAUUAGAAGAUAAGAACUAUGAUCUUGAGAGGGAAGACAGCAAGAAGAACGUGAACAACGGAGAGACCAGGAGGCUGUCGCUAUCUCCUGAUAUGGACACCAUGGCCACAGAAUCCUCCAACUAGCCUCAGCAGCAUGGCAGAGCCCAGCGCAGAACUAUGGGCACCUCGGGGUGUUCAGACUAGCAAGAGUAGUCAAUGCGGUGAUCUCUGUAGGGAGACAAGCUGUAUAUAGACAUAUGCCAGAGAGAAGUACAGAUUCUAUAGGAGAUGUAUAUAAUGCAUCUAGGGCAGCGGUGCUUCCACUUUAUGCAACUAAAGAUUGGUUGCAACUUGCGAGGAGCCCCAGAGCCCCAUCUGCCUUGCGGAGAUAUUGCAGCUUCUACCAUCUGGGUUGCAUAGGUGCAGCCCUUGAAGACUACAACUCCCAGCAUGCUGUGCUCCGUUUUGACCUGAGCAGCCUGCCACCUUCCAUAGUAAAGCCGAGAGUGGCUGUGGAUUGCCUUGUAGAAUCCUGCAGACUGUUUGGCCCAUGAACCCUGCUCUGGCCACCCCCCAUGUUAGGAUUUCCCAGUUGCUAUUGCAACCACAGCUGUCUAGCACGCCAAGAUGUAAAGUGCAUAGUUCAUGUCAAGGUGACCUCCAAAAGAGACUUCAAAAAUUGAGCUGUGCCCUAUUUUGCUUAUUUUAUAAAGAUGGCCAAGAAGGUGUUUGGGAUUUUUUACCUUAAAUAUUGGCAAUGUCAGAUCUUCCCUACUUUUCCAGGAGGACCCAUGGGUAUGGUGUGCCUUCGCACCUUUAUAGAGGGAGUGGGAAGGAGCUCUUUAACAAAGAUGUGCUUUCUCUAAGGUCUUCAUUAGUCACUGGAGUCAAAUAGAUGCUAACAAAAAGGAACCAGAAAUAAAGCUU